AUUUCUGAAAAAGUAAAAAUUAUUUUCUUACGUGUGAAUAAGAAACAUAUUUUGCUGUUAUCGGAAUAAUUGAGUAAAAAUAAUGCAGCGACAAUAAAAAAAGUUACUAUUAAAUUUCACAUCAUCCAAAGAUAGUUUUAGGCUUGCAACUUUUAUAUUCGUAAUGUGUUUCAGUUCUUUUAGAGGUGGUCAAAUAAUAAAAGAACAUUUGCAACAACACCAAAAGUCUUUGAAACAAACAUAAAAAAUAAACUUAGCUUUCGUCAAUAGCCACGCAUUGUAUAUUUGUUAUCAGCUUAAAAAACUUAAAAUGAAGGUGCGCUACAAGUCACAAGUUUUGCUGAUCCUCCUUUUGGUACUUCACGUAACGUUAGCUGAAUUGCAAGGGCCACUCUCACCGACUAAAGAUGCCGCUUUACAAAAUUCAGCUCAACAGGCAACAGCGGCAACCACAACCACCGCUCAACCUGAAUCAGCUGCAGAGAGUAUAGAGGCUCCAGCAGAUUCUGCAGAAGGCAAUGCCGGAAGCAAUGAACGGAAAGCAUCUAAAUAUGUAACUGAAAAUGAAUUACCUUCAGAUGCUUCAAUUGAAACAUCCAGUAGUACCGUCGCUCCCAAAACGACUUUGGCUACAGAGUUCGGUCAACGAUCCAAAAUAUUGCAACAGGCUGUGUUCGAACGGCUUUGGAACGAAAAACUCGUACGCGAUAAGCUAAAGGAAGAAAUAGAAUCCAUAGAGCUACGUCGGGAAGCGACAGGGGCCGCUGAACUAACACCUAAGGAAAUCGAAGCCCAAACACUAUAUGAAAAAGCCAUGGAUAUGAUAUCCAAACCACGCAGUGACAAAGAUUUAGCGUACAGGUUCAUAAUUCGUGCUGCUGAAAUGAAUCAUCUUAAAGCUCGUGCGGAACUAGCUUGGGCCCAUCUACUAGGCCAUUACGCUAAAUUAAAUUUUGAGUUUGCCGCUGCUGAGUUCGAUCAAUUAGCGAAGGAAGGGUUGCCGGAAGCAAAUAUGGGUCUAGCAUUCCUUUAUUCUGUAGGUGUUGGCGGUAAAAAUAUAAGUCAACCACUCACAUUAAUCCAUUUAACACUCGCAGCAUUAGGCGAACAUACUUUUGCCCAAAUGGCCUUAGGAUACCGUUAUUUGUAUGGAAUAAAUGUGCCAACUAAUUGUGAAAAAGCACUUGUAUAUUACAAAAAAGUAGCGAAAAAAGUUGCAUCGAAAAUUACAUUCUCCAAUGGUCCAAUUGUACAUCGCGUACAUUUAUUAGAAGAAUCAGAAAAUCCCGGCAGUCAAGAAACGGAAAUUGUGGACUAUUAUCAAUUGUUGGCUGACAAGGGUGACGUUCAAUCACAAGUUGGUCUCGGGCAACUCUAUUACCAAGGUGGAAAAGCAAUUCAACAAGAUCAUCAAAAAGCUUUGGAAUAUUUUACAAAAGCUGCAAAUACGGGCAACGCAAUCGGCUUUGCCUUUUUAGGUAAACUCUAUCUAGAGGGAAGUGAGUUUAUUAAAGCUGAUAACGAAACUGCAUUCAAGUAUUUUAAGAAAGCGGCCGAAUUAGGUGAUCCAGUUGGACAAAGUGGAUUAGGUUUAAUGUAUCUAAAGGGGCUGGGGGUACCGAAAGAUUCCCUCAAGGCUCUAAACUACUUUACGCAAGCAGCAGAUCAAGGCUGGGUUGAUGGCCAAUUACAGCUGGGAAAUAUGUAUUUCACGGGAAAUGGCGUGAAAACUGAUUAUAAGUUGGCACUUAAAUAUUUCCAAUUGGCCUCGCAAUCUGGUCACGUAUUGGCUUAUUACAAUUUGGGUAUAAUGCAUGCUUAUGGUAUGGGCAUAUUGCGUUCUUGUCCAGCCGCAGUCGAAUUUUUCAAAAAUGUUGCAGAACGCGGUCGUUGGAGCACAAAUAUGAUGCACGCGUACAGUGAUUACAAAAAUUAUCGUGCUGACGAAGCAUACAUGCAAUAUGCAUUGCUAGCAGAAUUGGGCUACGAGGUUGCCCAGAGUAAUGCAGCAUUCCUUUUAGAUCGCGGUGAUGUUACCAUAUUUCAUGAUAGACAUGAGGAGCUCAUACGUGCCUUCUAUUACUGGAAAAGAUCGGCUGGACAAGGCUACUCUUCGUCGCAAGUGAAGCUGGGUGAUUAUUACUAUUAUGGUUGGGGAACGAAUAUAGAUUUUGAAGCAGCAGCUUCAUUAUAUAGAAAAGCAUCUGAACAGCAGUAUAAUGCGCAGGCAAUGUUCAAUCUUGGAUAUAUGCAUGAACAAGGGCUGGGCAUGAAAAGAGACUGGCAUCUCGCAAAGCGUCUCUAUGAUCUAGCGGCUGAAACAAGUGCGGAUGCAAAAGUACCUGUUGCAAUAGCACUACUUAAGCUGCAAAUGAUGGCUAAAGUUGAAGCCAUUAAACAGUCGCCGUACAAAUUUAUUUUCUACAUGGAUGAGAAUAUAGCUGCAAACUGGGAUCUAUAUAUGAUUACGAUUUUAACGCUUCUACUCGGAUUUAUUAUGUACACAAGGCGUCCGUAUCAACAGCAACAUCCUGCUGAACAACAGCAGCAAGAGCAAGGGAAUCCUGAAGCAGAGCAAGUGGAUCAAAAUCAACCACUUUUACAGAAUCAGCAAGCACCCCAACCUCAACAACAACAACAGCAAGAUCCACAACAUCUGGAAUAGUUUUCUCAUUAGUGCAAAAUUACUCAUAUGUGGACAAGUUUACAUAAGCAUAAAAAAACCUACUAAAUAGUAAUACUUUUAUAGGUGUAAUUAGUUGAUAUGUGUAUAUAACAGUUAAUAAUUUAAUGUUAUUUGUUGCAUUAGCCUUAACAACGCCUCUAUGAAUUCCACGAUUAACACUUAUCUGGCGACAUCAACUUCGACAUAUUUUUGUUUAAAUUACGUAAAGGAUUAUUUAACAAGUUUUAUAAUUUGUUAAUAGUAAUAAACUAAAUUAAAGUCAUAUCUUAAUAACCAAAAUUUGUGGUGAUAUUAAGAUUUUUAUGUGAAAACAAAAAUCGUUUGCUUUUUUAAAAAGUUGCCUAAAUAAAUUAUUUUAUACCAUA